GGGGCGCGGCGGCAGGAAAGAUGGCAGCGGUGGUGGCGGCAGCGACGACUGUCUCAACCUCAACCACGGCCUCAGCCACGGCGACAGCCACGGCAGCGGCCCUCGGGGAGGUGGAGGAUGAAGGGCUCUUGGCGUCGCUGUUCCGAGACCGGUUCCCUGAGGCCCAGUGGCGGGAGCGGCCCGAGAGCGGCUCUGGGCUGGAGCGGCUGCGGCGCGAGCCGGAGCGCCUGGCAGAGGAGCGGGCGCAGCUGCUGCAGCAGACUCGCGACUUGGCCUUCGCCAACUACAAGACCUUCAUCCGCGGCGCCGAGUGCACCGAACGCAUCCACCGCCUCUUUGGCGACGUGGAGGCGUCGCUCCGCCGCCUGCUUGACCGCUUGCCCAACUUCCAGCAGAGCUGCAGAAACUUUGUGAAGGAAGCCGAGGAGAUCAGCUCCAACCGCCGGAUGAACACCCUGACUCUAAAUCGGCACACGGAAAUCCUGGAAAUCCUGGAGAUUCCUCAGCUCAUGGACACUUGUGUCCGGAACAGCUAUUAUGAAGAGGCCCUGGAGCUUGCAGCCUAUGUACACCGACUAGAAAGGAAGUACUCCUCCAUCCCUGUCAUCCAGGGCAUUGUGAAUGAGGUGCGCCAGUCCAUGCAACUGAUGCUGAGCCAGCUGAUCCAGCAACUGAGGACCAACAUCCAGCUCCCUGCCUGCCUCCGUGUCAUUGGCUACCUGCGGCGCAUGGACGUCUUCACUGAGGCUGAGCUGAGGGUGAAAUUUCUUCAGGCCCGGGAUGCUUGGCUCCGUUCCAUCCUGACGGGCAUCCCUAAUGAUGAUCCCUAUUUCCAUAUCACAAAAACUAUCGAGGCCUGCCGUGUCCAUCUCUUUGAUAUCAUCACGCAGUACCGUGCCAUCUUUUCAGACGAGGACCCACUGCUGCCCCCUGCCAUGGGAGAGCCCACUGUCAAUGAGAGUGCCAUCUUCCAUGGUUGGGUGCUACAGAAAGUCUCACAGUUUCUGCAGGUGCUAGAGUCAGACCUUUAUCGGGGAAUAGGGGGCCGCCUGGACUCUCUGCUGGGCCAGUGCAUGUACUUUGGGCUCUCCUUCAGCCGGGUGGGAGCUGAUUUCCGGGGUCAGUUGGCUCCUGUUUUCCAGCGGGUGGCCAUCAGCACUUUCCAGAAAGCAAUUCAGGAAGCUGUGGAGAAAUUCCAGGAUGAAAUGAACUCCUACACCCUCAUCUCAGCUCCAGCCAUUCUGGGCAGCAGUAACAUGCCUCCUGCUGUGCCAGCUGCUCAGCCAGGGACACUGCAGCCACCAAUGGUACUCUUAGACUUCCCACCCCUUGCUUGCUUCCUCAACAAUAUUCUGGUUGCCUUCAAUGAUCUGCGCCUCUGCUGCCCUGUGGCCUUGGCGCAAGAUGUGACUGGGGCCUUAGAGGAUGCUCUUGCCAAGGUAACCAAAAUAAUCCUGGCCUUCCAUCGUGCCGAAGAAGCUGCCUUCAGCAGUGGGGAACAAGAGCUCUUCGUCCAGUUCUGCACUAUCUUUCUGGAAGACCUCGUUCCUUAUUUGAAUCGCUGUCUCCAAGUCCUUUUCCCACCAGCUCAGAUAGCACAGACUUUAGGCAUUCCGCCCACUCAGCUAUCUAAGUACGGACACCUGGGGCAUGUGAACAGCAGUGCCAUCCAGGAGCCUCUUGCCUUCAUCCUGCCCAAGAGAGAGAUGGUCUUCCCCUUAGAUGAGAAGGAGCUCGUGCCUGAGCUCACAGCUCCUGCACCUGAGUGUCCAACACCCGAGUGUCCAAGUCCAGCCGAGGAACCAAGCUUGGCGCCAGUCCCUCCAGCUCACCUUGAAGAUGGGCAGGAGGAGGUGCCAUCGGUGGAGCCGCUGCAGGGGGAGACGCCUGGUUUGGGGCCCUAAGGUGUUCCUGCGUCUGUGGUGGAGAACCGGUGUGCGGGCGGUCUGCGGGGAAGAGCUGCUGCUGGCGGUGCGGGGCCGGGGCUCCCUCGCCCGGGAGUGCACAGGACGGACUCUGGAGCCUGGAAGAUGUUCUCGGAAGGGACGCCUAGGAAUUGAACAGGGAGCUUCCGGGUUCGCUCUACCUGGGUGGAAGCAAACAAUAAAGCUGCUUGUUCUCA